UGCACUCUCCAACCUACUGUACAACAAAACAGCCUUGAUCAGCUUUUAUUUGUUUGGUGGGUCGAGAGAGACAAUACGGUAACAAUAGGCUUACCCGGCACCUUGCUAGACUGAACCCAAACAUUCUUGAAGUGUGACAUGGGACCAUAAGUCACAGGCCUCUGAACUGCAGCUAAUGACUCUUCUUCGACUCAGAAGGAAUUUCUUUAUUUAACGCUUCAUAUUUAACAGUUUAGUUGGAAUUCCGUGGGUCAUAAUGGAUGAUUUCAGCACCGAGGAAGAACCUAGAGAUGUAAGAGAACGAGCAAAAGCACGUCGCAGAAAGGUUGUGAUAAUUGUCUUAGUUAUUCUGCUAUGCGUGAUAGCUUUUGCUAUGGUGCUAGCGUUUAGCUUUGUGAACAGGAACCAUGGCGAAAAGAAUGAUACUAACACCGGCCGGUUCAGCAAGGCCGCUGUUGCUACGGACGUCCCUGAAUGUUCUGAAAUGGGAAGUUCGAUUCUGCAAGCCGGGGGCUCUGCUGUUGAUUCGGCUAUAACGUCGAUGUUGUGUAUUGGUUUAGUACACGGCCAGUCAUCUGGAAUCGGUGGUGGGACGUUUAUGCUUAUUUAUGAUAGGGAAGCUAAAGAGACGAAGUUUAUUGAUGCAAGAGAAACUGCUCCCGCAGCUACCACCCCCGAUAUGUUUAACAGUGAUCCAAAAAGUACAGAAUACGGUGCCUUGGCUAUUGCAACACCGGGCGAACUUAAAGGAAUGUGGGAAGCCCACCAAAAAUAUGGUAAACUUUCAUGGAAGGAAUUGUUCGAACCAGUGAUAGCAUUGGCACGCAAAGGUUUCCCUGUUACCAACCAUACCGCAAGGGCGCUAGGCAAUCUUGUUGCCAGUGGAGAGUCGUGGAUGCCCGUUUCUCAGGCUUGGAAAGAUGUUUACUAUAAAGAUAAUGGGACCCGUCCUAAAGAAUAUGGCGACAUCGUUAUUCGCAGCAACUAUGCCGACACGUUGCAACGUAUCGCUAAUGUUGGUUUGUCAGAAUUCUAUAGUGGUCACACAGCGGACAUGAUUAUGCAAGACAUAAACACCUACAGUGAGUUUACAUAUGUUUACAAACCUAAAUUUAUCGGGUAUUUUUCAACACACGAGUUACUCGGCAAAAACUUAGGACGAUUCGGGGGAAGCUCGGGGAGAACUUUACACUCGCGUAGCAGCUCUGAACUCGUGGUGCUAAUUUUGAACGUGUUCAAAAAUAGUGAUACUCGUAGGUAUAACUCGUACACUAAUCGGGAUACUCGUUUGCAAUCCACGAGUUUGAUCUUUGGUUGCAAAAUCAUGUCGGCCACAACAGGCAUUAUAUACAACAACCAAAUGGCGGACUUCACGAUUCCUAAUUCGGAGGUUGAGUACCAACCAACGAAUCAAGCCAACUACGCAGGUCCUAACAAACGUGCUUUAUCAUCCAUGAGUGGCAGCAUACUCCUCGAUGAAAAUGGUGAUGUCAAGUUAGUCAUUGGUUCUGCUGGCGGAAAACAGAUAAUAUCUGCCAAUUCCUGGGUAACGAUUGAUGCUCUGGCCACUAAGUCUUCUUUAAUAGAUGUCAUCGAAAAACGUAGGAUUCAUAACCAACUUUUCCCAAAUCAAGGCAUGUAUGAAGCAGGUUUCUCAACGGAGGUGCUGACUGGGUUGGAAGAUCUUGGUCAAAUGGUUACUCAGGGAACAUCUUUUGCUGUUGUUCAGGCAAUACUAAAAGAUAAAUAUGGAAUUGAAGCACAUGCAGACUCACGGAAACAGGGUAUAGCGGCUGGUUAUUAAGUGGUAUUUAUCCACUCAACACUAUAUACGCCACUCUAAAUAACAUGAUAAGCAAUAGAUUAUUAAUAUUUUUAAUAUUUAUAAUUAUUAUUGUUACUGUUAUUUUUUUUAUUACUGAUGUUUUUUAAUUAUUAUUAUCAUUUAUUAUUAUUAUUAUUUAUUUAUUAUUAUUAUUAUUAUUAUUAUUAUUGUUAUUAUUAUUAUUAUUAUUAUUAUUAUUAUUAUUAUUAUGUAUUACUGUUAGGAUUAGGACGAUGAGGAUGACGGUAGCAUUUAUUUUAAAUUUUAAAUUAACAAAACAUUAUUUAUUGUAAUGAAGAUGAUGAUAAUGAUUAUUAUUAUGACAGUAAUGAUUAGGAUGAUGAUAAUACACAUAAUAAUGAUGAGGAUUAUUUGUGCUACAUGACAUGAAGAGUAAUGGUGAACUUAAUGGCUCUGUCACGUGCUGACGCACAACAUAAUGUUUUCGCACCACGCACCAACUUUAUAAAGCACUCUGCCCAUGGAGGUGGUUCCAAAAAUUCCCGACAAGGGGUCUGACAUGUACGACGGGGUAGUACGAACCACAGAGCCGACUAGAAUUUGGAAUAAAAAAAUCCCUGGUAGGUUCAUAGGGAGAGUUUUAUGGUUUAGUAUGGUCCAAAUUGUGCUUUUAGACCACAAUAUUAAUUGAUUUCAUACGAAAAAAAAUAUAUUAGGGAAUGGCAAUCAAAAUAAUUUUAUUUAGAUAGCAAACUAUAUAUAUUUUUUAAUCUGAUGACCUCGUUGUGGAGUCGGACGAUCGACAGGGUGUUGGGUGGGGGGAUGUUGGUGGGAAAUGCCCUCCCUGCCCCCGCUGGCGCCACCACUGACUGUGUUACCUAAUGAUAAUUAAAUUUUAAUCUGUUAGAGAUGGUUUAUGCGGAGUGCCUGUGACUUUACCUCAUGAGAGAGCGAUAAUAAAUUAAAUGUCGUAAUUUAAUUAAAAAUAUAUUUCAGGCUUUAACAUCAUUAGUGUAAUAUUUUGGCCUAAUUGAAAAAGUUGGCCCAUAAAUAUGGAUAUAUUAAGACUAUUCCGUUUUUGUGUUAUGGUUCACGAAGGCAUUUGGGUGUUUGACGUGACGGAUAGUAAAAUUGAAUUAUCAUAGUUUUAAUGCUUGAACUGACGUCAUAUACUAUAUCGAAUAAUUUAAAACAUAUCAAGACUCCAAUUUUACUGCUUUGUUUUAUAUAGUCAGGUAAGCUAUUCUGUGUUGUACUACCUCUGUAUACUAAACUUUUUGCUGUCCUACAUUAAUUCUUUUUGAUAAUCAUGUUUGUUUCUUGCUUGAUAAUUAUGGAUGUUUUCCAUCUUUUGAAAUAAAUUAUCAAAGACAUUUGGAAGUUGGCUAAUUUGGAGUUUGAACCUAAAAAUUGAGAGUUGCUUUUAGAAACAGAUCACUAGUAUGAAGCGAGUCAUUUCUUUAACUCUACACACAAUCCUCAUCGCCUGGAUCGUUUUCCAUCUUUUGAAAUACAUUAUCAUUUGGAAGUUGGUUAUUUUGAAGUGUGAACAUAAAAAUUGAGAUUUGUUUUACAUACGGAUCACAAGUAUAAAGCGAGCCAGUAUGAUGUAAAUAGUCAACUCUACACACAAUUCUCAUUCGCUUUCUUUCGAAGCAAGUGAGUUUGUGUAGUUCUAUUUGAUUAGCUGAGCUCCACACAGUAAUUGCAUAAUUUAAAUGUGGCAAUACUAAGGCACUGUAAAUUGUUAACAGUACUUCUUUUGGAAAGAAAUAUUUCAAUCUGUUGAUCAUCCCAAUCGCCAUUGAGAUUUUAACUGUACCGUGUCUCUUGACUCUCUUCCCACUAUUACACCUUCUCUUCAAUCCUGGUCUCUCGAAAACGGUCUUAAGUUUGCCCCUCAUAAAUGCAAGAUCUUAAAUAUAUAGGCCUAGUUUAGCAAAUCUCAACUCAAUCUACUCCCAAUUUGUCUCUACCAAUCCCAAAUUGAAUCUGUUGACCAACAUCGCUACCUUGAAAUUAUCAUCUUUCACUACUUUAAAUGGCAUUCCCAAAUCAUUACUCUUUACAAGUCCUGUAUCCGUAAAUUGUCCAUCCUAAAAUACCUCAAACACUUCCUUGAUUGUCAAUCACUUUUACUCCCUACCAUGGAAUACACAUGUUGCAUUUAUGGUAAACUCCCACAGUGUAAAAUGAACUUACGGAUCGAAUAUCUUUUUUCUAAAAUAAUUUUAGUCUCAUCUACACAUUCUACGUAUCAUACCAUAUUUAAUUUGCUUAAAAAUCCGGAAUUUGAAACCCGACAAACAUUCUAGACCCUCUGAAGCCUUGGAAAGAUCGCCCAGAAUGAAAAUAAUCCUCUCCACUUCCACCUCCCUUCCAGUUGCCAAUGCAACAUUUCUCUUCGCAACUCCCGCAAUAUUGUCCUCCUCUCGAUCCCUUGUCGCUCGGGACUCCUGAUCCCUUGUCGCACUUCCCGCUUUGAAAAAUCAUUCCUUCCCUAUUCCCUUUCCCUUGUAUAUUCUCUCUCUUUUGACCCUUCCUCAAUCUCCCCUUUCCUUCUAAAGCAAGCUCUCAACAUGUAGGCCAAGACUAAAUCUCCUUUUCAGUCUCCUUCAAACCCAUCUUGUCGUUGCCUUUUGUGUUGUAAUUUUUAUUGCUAUGUAUUGUGUCACGUUUGUUAGCGGAUAAUGGCCCUUGACGGCAUAUUGAAACAAUAAAGAAUUGAAUUGAA